UUCUCUACUGUUCCGUCUCUUUAUCUUCCCUUUCUUGCUUUCACUUCAAUUUUCACAUUUUCUCACUUUCCGUUCUCCGCCGAUUACUUUACGCUUCCCGUUCUCUGAUUAUUAGUUUACGUUUUUCUUUUGUUCUUACUCGUUUCUAGGUUUCAAUUGUUGCAUUAAUCAUCGCUGUUAAGAUCGUGUUCAAGAAUCAAGAUUGACUUCAGUCGAAACGUCGUUCGCGUCUGUUGACUGAUUGAUCAUAAAUGGCACCACCCAAUCCGAAAGUUAUAGCGGCUUUCCGCGCAAUGACCAACCUUGGAAUUCAUGAAUCCAAAGUCAAACCAGUUUUAAAGAAACUGAUUAAAUUGUAUGAAGGAAACUGGGAGCUUAUUGAAGAAGAGAAUUAUAGGGCUCUUGUCGAUGCUAUUUUCGAAGAAGAAGAUAAUCAGGAAGGAGGGAUUGAGGCUGAAGCUCCUGCGCCAGUACAGCAAGUGCGACCUUUGAAGAGGUUGCGUUUAAGAGGCCAGGAUGGUCAAAUUUUACGCCUUCCGACUAGUGGCGAUAGCCCAAGUUUAGUUGUCUCUCCAGUGAAAUCACGCCUUCCAACUAGUGGCGGUAGCCCAAGUUCACCCGGUUCUCCAUUGAAAUCACGCCUUCCGACUAGUGGCGGUAGCCCAAGAUCACCUGCCGCCUCUCCAUUGAAAUCACGCGGUAGCCCUAGUUCACCUGCCUCCUCUCCAUUGACAUCACCUAAACCAAGACCUGGCACAGUACCUGAAAGUGGUUCCGAACUGCAGCCUCAAAGCCCAUCCGUGUUAUCCAGAAGAAAUGCCCUUGCUGACAAGGGAAAGAAGCCUAUCUCACCUCUAGAUACUUCAAGAAGGAGAAAAUCUAUAUCUGACAGAAGUCCAUCUAAAGAACGGGCUGUUGAACCAGGAACCUCUCCAUCGCCAAAAACCAAGACGCCCCAUCCUUAUCCUUUUAUCACCCCCAAGGAAGAGCCUGUCGAUGAAGAGGCAGAUUAUGAGGUUCCCAUUUCAAUGGUUUUUCCUGAACCUCUAAGUGCCGGAGAGCAAGAUGACAGCAACGCAAUGGCAUCACAAUGCAGGAACGAAAAUGCUGAAGAUGAAGCCUCGGUUGCAUCUCAAGUUCCUGUUUCUCUACCCUCCCCAAGUGACCCAGAUGACAUAACAAAGGGAGAAGAAAAAGUGAAAAUUCCAUGGUUGAAUAAUUCUACUAAUGAUAAGCCGCCUUUGUUUCACUACAUGCCCCAAAACACGGUGUUCCAAGAUGCAUAUGUUAAUAUUUCUCUAUCACGUAUUGGGAACAAAGAUUGUUGUUCUACUUGUAUGGGCAAUUGUGUCUUAUCAUCUAAACCAUGUUCUUGUGCAAAUAAAACUGGAGGGGAUUUUGCUUAUACUGCACAAGGUGUAGUAAAGGAAGAGUUCUUGGAAGAGUGUAUUGCCAACAGCCGCACUCAAAGUUUUACCUAUUGCAAAGAAUGCCCACUUGAAACAUCAAAGAAUGAUGGCUGUUUAGAACCAUGUAAAGGACAUUUGAAGAGGAAAUUUAUUAAAGAAUGCUGGAGCAAAUGUGGCUGUGGGAAACAUUGUGGCAAUCGGAUUGUCCAGCGUGGAAUAACUUGCAACUUGCAGGUGUUUUUAACUUCAGAUGGAAAAGGGUGGGGUCUUCGCACCUUAGAGGAACUUCCAAAAGGUGCAUUUGUAUGCGAGUUUGUUGGAGAAAUUCUGACAGUCAGAGAGCUGCAUGAGAGGAACAAAGCUAGAAAAUAUACUUUACCAAUUUUGUUGGAUGUAGAAUGGGGCUCGGGAGUUGUAAAGGAUAACCAAGCUCUUUGCUUAUAUGCAGCAUCAUAUGGAAAUGCAGCCCGGUUUAUUAAUCACAGAUGUUUGGAUGCAAACUUGAUUGAGAUCCCGGUUGAAAUUGAGAGUCCAUCUCAUCACUACUAUCAUUUUGCCUUCUUCACAUCCAGAGAAAUCAAAGCACAGGAAGAGUUGACCUGGGAUUACGGCAUCGACUUUGAUGGCGAUGAUCAGUCACUUGAGCUGUUUAAGUGCAAAUGUGGCAGUAGAUUCUGCAGGAAUAUGAAGCGAACAAAUAGAACAGUUAGAUCGUUCGCUGCUGCGUGAUUGAUAGGCAUUAUUGGCUAAACUAGUUUUGCUGUCAGAGAUCCGUGCUGCUGAUUGAUAGGCAUUCUUUUUUGUUGUUUUGUUACGAGGUUGGAUGUUACAGCCAUCUGAAAACUAUAAGUGCCAUUUUGCAUUCACGUUUCCACUAAGAAACCACACAUGUUUCUGAAAGUGUACUUGCGGGGGUACUUUUAGACGGCCCAACAUUGUUUUUUUUCUUUCUGGAUGGAUAUAUGUAUCCAGACUCGAGUUAGGGUUUGGAGGAAAUGUUCUCCGAAAACUUAGGCAUUCAUGGCCCAAAAUUGAAAAUAACCUUUUUUGGCCACUAGCAAAUCUGAAUCUUUGAUGUUUUACUGCAUCAUUCUUGUUAGCAUUUUUUUUGGUGCUAAAUACAUUAGACUAUUGCUUGAGAAAAUUUGUCUGCCAUUUUGUUGGUUGAAGUGAUAAAGUGAAAUGGCCAUUUUAGUAUUGCUAUUGCUACGAUCAACAAUCGAAAUGAAAUAAUCGGUGUUCGUUCUUUUAGAAAGUAGCGAAUAGUAGUAACAGACAUACAGUAUCUUCGGACUCCGGCGUCAAUAGGAUCACUUCCUUUUCCUUAAAGUUUUGUAUUAAGAUCCAGGAUUGUGAAACCACUCAUUCAUGUUUCUUUAUGU